ACUAGUCAGUCAGCUGGCGUUGCCAAUCGAGUGCGGAUGCGAGUAGCGGUUGGUCGGACAAAGUGUUUGGGAAUUGAAUUUUUCGCAUAGUGUUUGCGUGUGUUUCGCUGUCGGCGACGCGUCGUUGGCAUUCAGUUGUUAAUUGUGUUUCAUUUUUUUUUCAAAAUAAAUAUGAAAGCUGCUAAAGCAAAAUUAAUUCGAAAAAUAAAGUGAUGUGCUUGAAUGAGUGCGCGAAAAGUGUUUAAUUCAACAACAACAAAAUAUACCUAAUAAGAAGUAUUACAUAUAAAAAGUGACGAAGAAGCAGCGCACAAAAACAUGCUCUGCUAGAGAAUAAACAACAGCAACAACAGCAACAACGCGAACGUCUGCAAUUCCCACAAAGGGCAAUGUAAAGCGGCAAGAUACAAAUAUACAAAUAUGCAUAGAAUAAUGACAACUGCAAAUAUUGCAUUCAAUCUACGUUUCUUCUGCCUCUGACAUUUGUUUCCUUUGCUAUCUACAUACAUACACAUAAACUUACAGAAUCAUAAAGGCAGAGAGCCGCUGCAGUGACUAGCACGUGAGUGUUGGUGUGUAUGUCUAUGCAGUUCCAUUGGAAGCGAUUUUUUACAGUAAAACAAAUCAAAAAGCUCCUCGCACCCAUUUACAUGCCGCCAAAUGUACGCAAUAUUUAGUGUUAAAAAGCGUCAACUUUGUACGAGUAAAACAACAAUAAAUGCAAAGAAAAAAAGCAUGCUGAAGUAGUAUUUCAUAAAUAAAAUAUUAGCGAUAAAAAUAAAAAAUAAUAAUAAUUGUGAUAAUUCUGAAACCUAAAAGUGAGAGAAAAUGACAGUAACGUACACAGCGGAGGUAGCAACCUGUCGAGGCUUUGGCUGCUUUCUGAAAUUGCUGCGAAGAUGGCGCGGUAGUAUCUACAAGCUCGUUUGGCUGGAUCUCCUCGCGUUUCUCUUUCUUUAUUACCUACUUAGUAUAGUUUAUCGAUUCGCAUUAAAUGAAAAUCAAAAACAAAUAUUCGAAGGCGUUGCAAAAUAUUGCUACAGCUACAGUGAUCUUAUACCACUCUCAUUCGUGUUGGGUUUCUAUGUGUCCAUCGUCAUGACACGUUGGUGGAAUCAAUACACUAGCAUACCGUGGCCCGAUCCGAUUGCGGUAUUCGUUAGCUCCAACAUACACGGACAGGAUGAGCGUGGUCGUGUUAUGCGUCGUACAAUAAUGCGUUACGUUUGCCUCUGCCUAACCAUGGUAUUGAUAAAUGUAUCGCCACGUGUGAAGAAACGUUUUCCAGAUUUAACACAUCUCGUCGAUGCUGGUCUCUUGAAUGAUAAUGAGAAAACGAUUAUCGAGAGUAUGAAUAAGGAUUUUCCACGCCACUCAAAACAUUGGCUACCCAUUGUUUGGGCGGCAAGUAUAAUAACAAGAGCGCGCAAAGAGGGUCGCAUUCGUGAUGAUUUUGCGGUGAAAACGAUUAUUGAUGAGUUGAAUAAAUUUCGUGGUCAAUGUGGUCUAUUGAUAUCGUACGAUACGAUUAGUGUGCCGCUCGUGUAUACACAAGUGGUCACCUUAGCGGUAUAUUCAUUCUUUCUCUGCUCGGUUAUGGGUCAGCAAUGGACGGAAGAUAAGCAGGCGUUCCAAAAGAUCGACAUCUAUUUUCCAGUGUUUACAACUUUGCAAUUUUUCUUCUACAUGGGUUGGUUGAAAGUGGCCGAAUCGCUGAUAAACCCAUUUGGCGAAGAUGAUGAUGAUUUUGAGGUCAACUGGAUGGUGGAUCGUAAUCUCGUAGUGUCUUAUUUAAUUGUCGAUGAAAUGCAUCAUGACCAUCCGGAGCUAAUCAAGGAUCAAUAUUGGGAUGAAAUAUUCCCAAGUGAAUUGCCGUACACAGUGGCAUCGGAACGUUUCCGCGAAGAACAUCCCGAACCGUCAACAGCCAAAAUUGAGGUGUCGAGUAAGGCCGCCAUGCCAACAACAUUGUCAAGUGUGCGCGUCGACGAAAUGGUUGGUAACAAACCAUCAGCAUAUACAACAACCACACUUACAGAUAAUUUAUCCCAAACUCCACCAACAUCAAUGCAAGCAGUUAGUUAUAAAUUUCCCGAAAUGUCACAAGAAGAGGAGGCCGAUGAUGCCAGCGGCAUACACUUUACUGCCGGCAAUGGCAAAGUGCGACACGGUUCCUCACCCAGCCUAGCCAGUUUAAGUGGCACAUUGUCACGUGUCAAUACAGUUGCUUCGGCGUUGAAACGUUUCCUCAGUCGCGACGAACGUCCCGGUUCAACGACACCGGUAGAUGAUUAUACACAAAAGCAACGUUUUCCUGGUAGCGAUAGUUCGGCCAGUUUGGGUGGUAACUAUGCCAAUAAACCGCCCGGUAGUGUACGCAUCACAGAUCAAGUCAUCGAAGAGGUGGACGAACAGACCACCAUAACGUCACAUCGUGCCAACGAACAACCACGACCGAAUGUACGCGAUAUUUUCCUGCAAGAUCUCAACAAUCAGAGUUCAUCAGCGGCCGGUGGUGGUAGUGCGCCACGUUCCGAACCGAUGGAUAUACCACCCAGACCUACAUCAUAUAUGCGUACGCAAUCCACUUAUGAACCGAUGCUGUUUCCACCGGGCGGUGUGGAGGCAUUGCUGAGCACAUCAGCGCCGACUAAUGGCAGUCCACGUAUGGUGCAGACUGUGCCGAAUUCACCAGUCGCCGAUCCGUCAAGCACCAAAUCGCUUUUCGAUCGUCAAGCAAUGCAGGAGCAGGGCAGUCGUGAGACGGAACAACGUCCCGCAGAAGUGCCACAGGUUUUCAGAUGGUUUUUAUCGACUGUCGAUGACAUGGAAAUCAAAUCCACGACCGAUGCGCCGGGCGCCGUUGACGAAGGUGAUGAUUUUGACAAACUGAAGGCGGCGCGAGAGAAGGAGCGUCAACAGCGACAGCAACAGAAGCUAGCGCGUACCAUAAGCACCGCGCCCGGUGUAGAUGGUGGACCGACGGUUGUGCCAGUUGUUGCGGCUGCUAUAAUACCAACAGCAGUUGUGCCAGCACCGGCAGCAGCAGCGGUCACAGUGCCAGCACCGGCAGCAGCACAAACAACAGCUCAGACGGCGGCAACAACGCGGCCGCUCUCCACUAUCUCAUCCACUUCUGAGCUCUUGGCCAACGAGCCGAAUGUAGGUGUGGAGUCUUCGACACAAACUUCGUCAGACGACAAAGGCUCUUAGGUUUAAAUGUUUCCAUGUUUAAAUUUUAAUUUUCUUUUGUUUUUGUAAUAUUUAUGUCUGCUGAAGGUAAUUUGCAAUACUUUUGCAUUAAUUUUAAGCUUCUCAUAUGUACAUACAUACAUAUAAAAAACGAAAAAUAAUUCAAUUUUAGUAUUUAUUCUUGGUGAAACAUUAUCGAAUUUGCAAUAACAAUUAGUAUUUACAAAUAAUUUCUUUAAAAUCCCGAUGUAAAAAAAACGGUAUUAGUAUUUGUGGCAUUAGCGUGUGUAUAGCGUAGCAUAUUUUAGGGCGUCGUUGUUCUUAAAAGGUAUAAAGUAUAAAUAUUUUAAUUUAUGUAAUAUUAUUUUUAUACGAAAAAUUUGUGCGUGAAAGAAAUUAUUUACA